CCGCCCGCCCCGCCGGCCGGCGCAGGGCCCUCCCGGAGCUAUUUUGAAAGUGACCCUGGGCUGGGCGGCCGCGGGGCGGCGGGCAGAGGCGCGGCGGGCGCGCGGGAACCAUGACAGAAGAUGACCGAGGCGGCGCUGGUGGAGGGCCACGUCAAGCUGCGGGACGGCAAGAAGUGGAAGAGUAGGUGGCUGGUGCUGCGCAAGCCGUCGCCGGUGGCAGACUGCCUGCUGAUGCUGGCCUACAAGGACAGGUCGGAGCGAGCCCGCGGGGUGCGGGAGCGCAGCAGCCUCGCGCUGGAGGACAUCUGCGGCCUGGAGCCCGGCCUGCCCUACGAGGGCCUGGCCCACACGCUGGCCAUCGUCUGCCUGUCGCAGGCCGUCAUGCUGGGCUUCGACAGCCGGGAGGCCAUGUGCGCCUGGGACGCCCGGAUCCGCCACGCGCUGGGUGAGGUGCACAGGUUCCACGUGACCGUGGCUCCAGGCACCAAGCUGGAGAGCGGACCCGCCACCCUGCACCUCUGCAAUGACAUCCUCGUCGUGGCCAGGGACGUCCCUCCGGCCGUCACGGGGCAGUGGAAGCUGUCGGACCUCCGGCGCUAUGGGGCCGUGCCCAGCGGGUUCAUCUUUGAAGGAGGGACCAGGUGUGGGUACUGGGCUGGGGUCUUCUUCCUGUCCUCGGCCGAGGGAGAGCAGAUCAGUUUCCUGUUCGACUGCAUUGUCCGCGGCAUCUCCCCGACCAAGGGCCCCUUUGGGCUGCGGCCUGUUCUCCCAGACCUGAGCGCCGGGGGCCCUGCCGUGGAGGAGCGCGUGGCCCAGGAGGCCCUGGAAGCCCUGCGGCUGGAGAAGCGGCUCAGCCUUCUCUCCCACUCCGGCUGGCCGGGCAGCGCAGGGGACGACCGCAGCCUGUCCAGCUCGUCGUCAGAGGCCAGCCACUCAGACGUCAGCGCCAGCAGCCGGCUCGUGCCGUGGCCAGAGCCGUCCCCGUCCUCGGCGUGCGCGUCGCCGGAGGGUCUCGGGCUGGCGGCUGCCCAGGCCCCCGGGGAAGCCGCAGCAGGUGCCUCAAGGCCACCCCCCAGGCCGCUGCGGCCCCGGCAGCUGCAGGAGGUCGGCCGCCAGAGCUCCUCGGACAGCGGCAUCGCCACGGGCAGCCACUCCUCCUACUCGGGCAGCUUCUCGUCCUUCGCAGGCAGCAGCCUGGACGUGUGGCGCGGGGCCGAGGAGCUAGGCUCUCUGCUCAGCCUGCCGGGAGGCGUGGUGCCCGAGCCCGGCCUGUGCGCCUGCGCCCCCGGGGCGGCCGAGUACCAGGUGCCCUCCGCGCCGCGGCCCCACUACGACACGCCCCGCAGCCUGCGCCAGGCGGCCCGGGACCAGCCCCCCGCCACACAGGGCAGCGCCAGCGACGGAGCCGCCGGGGACUCGGGCGGCCGGCUGGCGGCGGGGUGUCCCUCCGGCUGGCUGGGCGAGCGACGGCGGGGACAGGAGACAGAGGCCCCGUCGGGGCCGGGCGAGCCCUGGGAAGCGGGCGCCCCCCACGCGGGGCCCCCUCCGGCUCUCUUUUCCGCGUGUCCCGUCUGCGGAGGACUGAAGGGAGCUGCCGCCUCACCCGCUGGGCUCCCGGGGAUGCACUCAGGACCCGAGAGGCCGUGCAGUGAGGCGCCCACAUAUGUGAACGUCCCCGCCAGCCCUUCGCCCCCAAGGCAGCUGCACUACUUGGGCCUGCAGCUCCAGGAGGGCGGCGCGGGCAUCCGAGGGGCCGGUGCUUCCCGCUACGCGCAGAUCGACAUCUUGGCCACAGAGGCGGCGCACAGGGCGGGGGCCCGGCACGCGCAGGCCCGGGAGGAGCGGCUGCCGGCGCUGGAGCAGAGGCGGAAGGGGACCCCGCGGCCGGCGGGAGGUGCCGCCUGGACAGGUGUCGGGCGGCUCCAGGUGGACCUGAGGGGGCGUCUGGCGAGCAGUCUCCGGUUCUGGGAUGCGACCUGCCCGCGCCUUCCCUGGAGGCGGCGGCCCGGUGACGACGAUGUGUCCCAGCCAAACGCAUGUCCCCAACCACGGGGGAUCCGGCCAGGCCCCACCACGUGGCGCCCUCUGCAGGGCCCCCGCUGUCCCCUCUGGGUCACUGCUGCCCUGCGCCUGGAUGGCAUGGCCCUCGCGCGCUCAGCUGACUGCCCGCUUCUCGGGACCCAUUUAGUUAGUUCUGUAAAUGGUUUAAAAUCACUCGUGUUCCACUGUCGACCGGCCAGUUAUUUCCUGAGGGUGAGGGCUCGUGCCACGUGCCUCUGGACACACGCAGGGACUCCUGGUGGCUGGGUGGGGCUCUCCCUGUGGCCUUGGUGGGUCCAGGGCUCAGCGGGCCGGUGGGCUGGUUCCCCCUCCACUGGCCAAUGGGAGUCCGGAUGGUGGGAAGUUCCUGGAGUUGGCGGUGCGCUUCCUGUCCUCCUCGCCAAGCCGGGCUGUCCCACCCCGGCCUCAGAGAUGAGACGGGGCCCUGCUCCGCCUGGUGGGGAUCCUGACCAGGGCCCACGCAGACCCAUCCCUCCCUGCCUCCUGCCGCGAUCCCAGCCCGGACCCAGCGAGCCGUGGUUAGCCUGCCCGUGGGGAGCCCAAGCGGCUGCACCCCACACCUCCUCCUCCUGGCGGCGGGUCCCUCAGGCCAGUGGGGCUAGCACUUCAGUCCCCCUCCCCUGCCGAGCCUGUGGCGGCAAAGUGCCUCGUGGGAUGCGAAGGCCCCGGGGCUGCCCAACAAACAGGUCCGGUUUUCACACGCCCUGGAUGGGACUCCAGGGUAGCAGGCUUCACUUUUAAGGCACAAGUGGGGGCAAAGC